AUGCCUCGCUUCACCAGCCCCUUCGAUGAAGCUCAGCUCUUCUACCGCGAUUACAAGCCUGCAACCUUCCCUGCCCCCUUCAGACCCAACGAAACUCACCUCAACAAUGAAAAGCAACAGCCUACCCUCGUCUUCCUCCAUGGCUGGCCAAUGUCCUCCAUGAUGUUCGAGAAACUGACUCUCCCUCUCUGCGAAACGUACCGGUUCCGCUGCAUCGCUCCGGACAGACGAGGAUUCGGAAACAGCGAUUGGAUGGGAUCCAAGCCCGUUUCGGCACCAAUUGACUAUGAUGUGUUUGCCGCGGACUUGACCUAUUUGCUGGAAAAGCUUGAUGUCGGACCAUUCGUCUUCAUUGGUGCAAGUAUGGGUCCCGGAGAGGGAGUGCAUACGUACAUGAAGAGCGAGUAUGUGCGCAAAAACUGUAGGGGUCUCAUCGGCAUUGGCGCCGCAUUGCCCUUCCCACUUCAAACGCCGGAGAACCCAACAGCCACAUCACGAGAGGCAUGGGACGACAUCCUCCAUAACCUCCGCACGAAUCGCGCAGAGUACACCAAGGCCGCUCUGCCUGCCAUCUUGGGCCGAGAUGCAGGCUGCAAGGUCAGCGAUGAGUUGUUGCAGCGUUAUACCGAUCUAGUGCUCCGUGCAGACGCUCAAGCAGUCGAACGAUGCGUUCAACUCAUCUCCUCAACGGACUUUACUGAGACGCUGAAGAAGUUGGAAAGCGAGACAGAUCUUCCUAUUACUUGUCUUCAUGGCGACAAGGACUCGCCCGACUCGCAGGUACAUGUUUUGAAGAAGAUGUUUCCCAGGUUGGUGGUGAAAAUAUAUAAGGAUGCUGCACAUGGCCUUACGGAUACCCAUGACGAGCAAGUUAUUGACGAUAUCCUGGAAUUCAUUCGUGCCUUGAAAGUUUAG